AUGGAUGAUGGGGACAGCCCGCCUUCAGGCGCCGCCGGGCUUUUCACACCUCCGAUUUCCAUCGUCCUCUCCUCCAGCCGUGGCGCGUGCUCUCGCUCCCACUGCAGGUGUGACGGCUUUCUGCCCAACUACUGGGACGGGCACUACUGCCGCAAUUGCCUCCACCUGGCCACCUUCCACGAUCCCAACUCGACCUCCGAACCCUCCGGCGGUGCUCCCCAGCCGAGCACGUGGCACAGCUUCCCCAAGUCGUGGGACAAGUCCCGCUUCCUGGCCUCGCUCGGCGUCGCUCCGCUGAGCGACGCCAAGGGCACUGCGAUCCCGCGCGGCAGGUCGGACAACCAGCCGCCCCGACGCGCGGGCGGCCGCGGGGCCAACCCUGGCGCGGCGGCGACGGCCGCAGCGGCCGAUGGCGAUGACGUCAGCGACAGCGACAGCGACGGCCAGCCGGUCGGCCGCGCCUACGGCCGCGGUCCGCUGUGGAAGAGCGACGGCUCGCGCCCGAUCGGAGUUGAGCGAAGGCACCCCGCCGGCGACGACGACGAGGCCUCGCUCAACCAAACGGUGUUUAUAACUCCGAUUGCCGCGCAAUCGUCGGCGGCGGCGAUCGAAGCGGCGGCUGCGGCGGCCAAGGCGGCCGAGGCUCAGGCCGAGGUCGAGGCAAAGGAGAUGACGGCGCUGAUGGAGAUCGUGACGGCGCUCUGCGUGCAGCAGAAGGAGAACGAGGCGAGCCUCGAGGAGGUGACGGUGGUGAUGGGCGAGCUCGAGCGCAAAUGGCGCGCGGAGCAGCGCGAGAACGAGAAGGAACGGCGGCAGGCCCGGCGGCACUACGAGGACAACAUGAAGAAGCGCGACGCCGAGAUCAUGCGGAUGCGCGAGGAGCUCAAGCGCGAGCGAUGCCUCCGCGAGAUGGCCGAGGAUCGCGUCAAGCGGGCCGACGACGCUGCCAAAGCCGGCGAGCGGAGGCAACUUCUACCGCCGCCCGCCGGCGCCUCCCAAUCGUCGAGCAGCGGCCUGGAUCGCCGGGGCGCUGUCAAGAAAGAAGGUGGUGAAGGGGGUGACGAUGGGGAGGACGACGACGGCGACGACGACAGGGCGGACGAUUGGACCACGGCCAAGACCUUCGAGAAGCGACCCGCCAACUUCUUCCUGCCGGCGCCGGUUGCGGUGCUCAGUGGAGGCAGCGGCGGCGGCGGUCGUGACUCGCCGACGCGCCACCCCGACAGCCCCGGGCGAGUCGACGAGCUCGACAGCGACACCGCCGCCAAGAACGAAGACGGCGGUGCGGUACCGGCAGCAAAGAACGAAAGCGAAGCGCGACGAAACGACGAGGGGGCUUCCGCCGAAGGGAAGACAGCGGCGGCCAGCAAGCGAGACGAGGUGCUGGAGCAGAUGGCGGCGAUCUAUUGGAAGGAGCGGCGAGAGCACCGAGUGACCAAGGAGGCCCUCGAGCGCGACAUUCGCGAGCAGCGGGCGCGCAUCGAGAAGCUCGAGCAGGAGAACGAGAAGCUGAUCGACAAGAUCCAGGAGAUCGAGCUGCGCGAGCUGGCCGUGCUCGAGAAGGAGAAGCGGAUGAGCCUCACCCCCGAAGAGGGCGAGCGACGCAAGCUGGAGUACCUCUUCGAGAAGCUCCUCAACGUCGGCAACAUGGUCAGCGAAAUAACCCACGAAAUCCAGCUCAUCAAGAAAUAG